AUGAGCAUCGACGGAAGCACCAUCGCAGCCAUCCUGACGGGCAUUCUCGCCCUGGUAGGCGCCGUCACGACAGCAUGGAUGUCAGGAUUGAACCAGCAACGUGUCGAGUCGCGAAAGAACCAAAAAGCACUUGCCCGAUCAUCAGCGCCUCUUCUCAUCGCGUCUUGGGACUUGGCCAACUGGUUAUACGACAUUCUGGAAGACACGGCCUACAGCUCACGACGUUGCGCAGCGUACGGUAACGGCUGGCCCAGCCAAUUUACAUCCUACCUGUUUGGCCAAUACUUUGCUGGCGUUCACAUCAUCCGGGAGACGACACAGUUCUUUGCUCAUAUGCAAGGUGGUCGAACGGAGCAACUGAAGAAGUUAUUGUGGAAGAUUCAGGAUGAAUUCGUCUCGAUGCACUAUGAAGGACGGGAAAACCUCAUGCUGCGUUGGGCUGAGAGGGAUAUCCUCGAGGUGCAGGAGUCCAUGACCGUGGUGGAUGGCGACGGAAGUCUCCGGACGAUGCGUUGGGUCGAGUUUCAGAAAGACUACGCGGGGGGAAAGGGGUUGGAGAAGGUCUUCAAACGCUAUGAGAACGAGUUCCAAAGCAUCAUCUACCGCCGAUUCAAGUACCUGUACUCGAUCAACGAAGGAUGGAAACGGCAGGGUAACCCCCAAGACAGACGCGAGGAAGAGGAAAAGGAGAUUGAAGAAGAGCGGGCAGAUGAUCCAACGAAUAUUGUUGUUGUGAUACCGGAUCAUCGGGCACGGCGUCUUCAGCACCUCCUCAGCGAUCUUGUGGGGCUGCUGGAUGAAGAGUCGGGUAUGAGGUUCAAUCGCCCCGUGCGGAGAUGCGGGAUGGUAGUCAACAAAAAAGCACUGGCUUAUGGAAGCGCGGAUGUAUUUGAGAAAGAUUCUGAACGGACUGACCACUAUCGCAUACCCUGCGACUGUCAGGACCUUGAUUCUGGCUGCAACAAGACACUGAAGGAUUUUAAACAUCGUCAACUGAAGGAUACCAGCGGGAAGGGCUUUGGGAGGAGGGAAACCUCUUACUGGGAGCCUCGGAAUCAGCCUCCGGUAUCAGAUGUAUCUGCCUUCCGGAUGAGGGUUACAGGCCCCGGAGAUAAGUGCUAG